AUGCCAGCUGAAUUCACACAGGUAACUAGACUAUUUUCGAUCCAUUUCGCAGGUCAUCAUCCCUUUAUUUCGCCGUGGUUCGGUGCGGAUUUUGGAAGCGACUCAUUUAUCGUACAAAAUUUGUCUGCGGGAAGCCUCGCCCCCAGUCGGCUCAAGUAUUGCCAGACCAGUCGAUUCUGCCGCCAAAUUUUUAAUUCAAAUAAUCUACGCACAUAUCAAGAACUGGGCUCAAGGUGCAACUUCAAAUCCUCAAAGUUUCUCAUGGCAGAUCCAAAUACUUCCUCCCUCCACACUAACAACUGUAACGUGGAAAUCUCUAAACGACUUGCUGCGUACAAGGCGGUUGAUGAUCAUUUCGACGAGUCCUAUAGCUACAUCGGUAUUGGUUCUGGUAGUACAGUUGUUUAUGUCGUGGAGGCAAUUGCAGCCAAGGGUCGCGAUGUGACGAAUCGGAUGGUUUUUGUCCCUACAGGCCAUCAAUCCAAACAAUUGAUUAUCGAGGCAGGGUUACCUCUAGGCAGCAUCGAUGCCUUACCGCCUGUCGAAGCCGAGCAAGCCAACAUUACCAGCGUUAUAGCACUUGAAGUUGCGACCGGUGUCCAGGAUCUCGGUCUCAAGGGGAAGCGUCAAAGUUUAGACGUUGCAUUUGACGGGGCCGAUGAGAUCGACGAAGAUCUCAACUGUAUCAAGGGUGGUGGUGCCUGUUUGUUCCAAGAGAAGUUGGUCGUGACGGCGGCAAAAAAGUUUGUUUGUGUGGCAGACUAUCGUAAACUUCAGUCACGACUACUCACUACCUGGCCGACUAUUCCCAUCGAGAUCGCGCCACUAUCAGCGCCAACUAUUAAACGAAUUCUUAUUACCCUUGGGUCUUCCGAUCCAAAAAUUCGCCAAGGCGGUAGUGCUAAGGCAGGACCGGUCGUCACCGACAAUGGCAUGUGGAUAAUGGACGCUCCUUUCCCUUCUCUUGUUUUGGCAAAGGAUCUAAAGAACGAGGAAUUAGGCGAUGGAAUGAAUGGCGUAUGGGAGGUACAACAACUUGGACGAAGAUUAAAACGAAUUGUUGGUGUCCUGGAGGUUGGACUCUUUUACGGAAGAAAUGGAUUGCAGGUAGCCCUAUCGGGCGAAGAAGGGGGUGGCCAGAAGCCUGUAGCUGCUUAUUUUGGAAUGGAGAAUGGGGAAGUUGUAAUCAGAUUAUCGAAGGAAUUGGGUGGUGUUAGCUCUGAAUUAGAAGCCUAA